CCAACAAACCGGGCAUCUGGGAAGCACGGGGAGAUCCUUCUCUAUUAGGGCUUUAGUAGUUGGCAGGAUUCGGUUAAAGAUUUUCCAGAAAAACACUUUCAAUUUGGGCGGAAUAUUAGCUCCCACAAAUGAAUUCAGCUGGUCCUAUCCAUCCAACUAACCAUUGACCGACAACGACCACUUUGCUUAUCAAGUAAGACAGCAAAGUGGUAGGCCAAUUUAACCGUGAACGCCCUGUCAACCGUAUCAUGCCAGAUCAGUCUAUCAUCCACAUUCUGACGAGUAAGAGAAAUAGUUUUGAUGACACUGUAAAUCGACGGGUCAAAUUACUGGUUUAGUUUGAGGUCACACCAACGCAUUUUUCUCUGACGGAUAACCUCCGCUACUAACGGAACAACCUCCGGAGAUAAUAUAGUGGGGGACCGGAUGUACCCCCUCCGCUACUGGCGGAUACCCUCUUUCACCGCCUCUCUCCCGACGAUCCUCCCUCCGCCCACAAUCUUCUCUUAUAAUAAACUCUCGCUCCUAUUCUUUCCUCCGCCACCCCAACCGCCGUCCUACUUCCUCUGGUCAACCCCUAACCUCACCGAUGGCCACCUCUGCUGCUAGAGACGACGACGACUCCAGUGUCGCUUUCCCUCUCUCUGCCCCCAGUGUCUUGAAGAUCAAUAAAGGAGACAUCACCAAGUGGUUCGUCGAUGCUUCCUCCGAUGCCAUUGUUAACCCUGCAAAUGAGAGAAUGCUUGGAGGCGGUGGUGCAGAUGGAGCUAUUCAUAGAGUUGCUGGACCAGAACUGCGUGAAGCUUGCUUUAAGGUCCCUGAAGUAAGGCCUGGUAUCCGCUGUCCAACAGGAGAAGCAAGGAUUACCCCAGGCUUCAAAUUGCCAGCAUCCCAUGUCAUUCACACAGUAGGCCCUAUCUAUGACACCGAUAACAACCCUAAAGCAUCCCUGACGAGCGCAUAUAGGAACAGUUUGAUUGUUGCCAAAGAUAAUAACAUUAAGUACGUUGCAUUCCCAGCAAUAUCUUGUGGUGUCUACGGGUAUCCUUUUGAAGAAGCUGCUGAUGUGGCUAUAUCUACGAUCAAGGAAUUUCCAAAUGACUUCAAAGAGGUGCAUUUUAUCUUGUUCUCGGAUGACAUCUACGCUGUUUGGGUGAAGAAGGCAAAGGAAUUGCUCCAAGGAUAAUAAGUGUGCAAAGAUGUGCUAGUUGGUUAGACACCCUCUUUGAAGUUCUCGCAUCCUAUCAGUAGUAAUAGACAAUGCAGAAUGUGGAAAUUCGAUGAAGCUGAUUUGCAUUGAUGUGACGAAGGAUGUUCCGUGAUUUCAGGGGUUUGGGUGCGUUGGUGUUUUUGCCGACUCUUGUACGUUAAUGACCUAUUUUAUGUAACCCUAGUCUUAUAAUACAAGUUUGCAUGUUUGAUCAACUAAGAUACUAGGCGAAUUAUAAACUAAGGUACUUGGC